AUGGAAGCAGGCCGACUUCACGCAUGGUUUUGCGAAACUCACAUUGCAAAGUUAACAAUAGAGUUGGCAGCCAGCUUCGAAAGUAUGGCUAAAGCACUUGGUCUAUAUUAUAAGCUCGAUAUUCCUGGUGACGAAGAUCUUGUCCGUCAAAUGAAUCAGAAAAUGUUUUUGGAUCAAGAAAUGUACGAAAAGAUAAUAUUUAAUCUAUGUUCGAAUGCAUUUAAACAUACAUUGACGGGUGGGGUAACUGUUCGAUUAGUUGUAGAGAGAAAUGGAGAUAGGGAAGGAAUAGUCCUUGAAGUAUCCGACACAGAUAUUGUCAAUAUCAUUUCAGGAUGUCGAUUUUUUCUAAGCAGCAAUGAUAAUGACCAGUUGGCAGGUUUUGGCAUCCCUGAAGAACAUCUUUCGCGUAUCUUCCAGCGCUUUUACCGCGUCGAGUCGCAACAAUUACAUGGCCACCACGAAGAUACUGGGAUUGGUCUUGCUCUUGUUAAAGAAUGUGUCGCGCAACAUGAUGGUGAAAUCUCUGUUAAAUCCCAAGUGAAUGUUGGCACUACCAUCCGUGUUUGGAUUCCCUCCGGAUAUGAUCAUCUUCCUCAGCAACAAGUUUACUUUAGAAGCAAAAGAGAUAAAUCUAAAUUUGAUGUAGAGUAUGAAAAUAAAAUUAAUUCGAAUAUAAACUUGUACUUGUAUGAGCGUAUGCAACGUGUACAAGAGUCAGAGUCCAAUCAACAGCCCGAGGAAGGCGAUCAACAUAGUCCAAUGCAAAUCGAUAAUGAAGGCUUGUCUUCUACCUCAUCAAAACUAGACGGGUGGUCAGCAUUGCAUAUUGAGCCUGGUGACGUUGGAUAUGAGAAUACAAGAAAAUAUAUUCUAGUUGUUGAUGAUAAUCCAAACAUGCAUAUGAAUUUAAACUAUUUGAACACUUUGAUCGAGAAGCAAUUCGAUUGUAUCUGCGCUGCUGAUGGCUACAAAGCGCUUAAAAUCGCAAACAAUUCACAACGGUUGCCCGACUUAAUCCUUAGCGAUGUUAUGAUGCCUAACAUGGAUGGCUUUGAGUUACUGAAAGCACUGCGCGGUAAUCCAACAACACAGGCGAUUCCGGUGAUCUUGAUAUCAGCUCAAUCGGGAGAAGCCAGAUUGGAAAAGGGUGCAGAUGAUUAUAUCAUUAAACCGUUCAACGCUCGUGAACUUAUAGCACGUAUUCACGUGAAUUUAAAACUUUCUCACGUCCGUCAUCGACUGAUGGCAGAACAACAGCAUCAGCUUGAAAUUAAGCAGUUGUUAUUUAAUAUCAGCAACAAAAUUCGUUCCGGUUUUGGAAUACAAGAAACGCUCGACACGGCGGUCUCAGAAAUAAAGAAGGUUUUAAUGUGUGAUUCUUUACUAAUAGUACAGAAUAUUUCCGAAAAAGAGAGUAUUGACGGUAAAGUGAUGGCAGCUUCAUUGUCUUCAACGAAUAAGACGGAGAAAAUUGUUGGGCGAAUAUUCCGUGAUGAACAACAGCAAACAGAAACAACUGCAGAUUCUUUAUCGGCGACAAAUCAUGGGCCUCCUCUUCAUCACUGUGAUAGACAUAUAGAACCAGAUUCGUUGUUAAGUGAUAUAAAAGCUUGUUCGGACUGUGAAUCAAAGAUUUUGAAUCAACGCGUGUCCUUUCUCAGCGUGGCCAUUUAUUUGAAAUCGUCACCGUGGGGGUGGAUAAUUGCUUACCGACAGCCAUAUCAUAAAUGGACAGAGUCUGAGACGAAUUUCCUACAUCAGAUCUCGAACCAAAUAAGUUUAGCCAUUAGUCAUGCCACCCUCGUCGAAGAAAAAUUAAAACGAGAAGCACAA